CUCCCCGGGGCCCUGGCUCAGCCCUGGGUCCUCGUCUGGCACCGGCCCCCCACCCCCAGGGCCGCCGUCCAUCCCCCUGGUUCCCAGCUGCCUCUAGCCCCUUCAGCCGCUGACACUGACCAGAUUUCUCCCGCAGGAGAUGGACACUGGAGGGGAAGCAGCGCGGCCGUUAACGGAGGCGAGACAGAGAGAGCGAGCCUGUUCCAGGGGAAGAACAUGGCGCUGUUCGAGGAGGAGAUGGACAGCAACCCCAUGGUGUCCUCGCUCCUCAACAAGCUGGCCAACUACACCAACCUGAGCCAGGGCGUGGUGGAGCAUGAGCAGGCCGAGGACAGCCAGAGACGUGAGGCCAAGGGCCCGGGCAUGGGCACCCUCAUCGGCGUCUACCUGCCCUGCCUGCAGAACAUCCUCGGUGUGAUCCUCUUCCUGCGGCUGACGUGGAUCGUGGGGGCGGCCGGGGUCCUGGAGUCCCUCCUCAUCGUGUCCAUGUGCUGUACCUGUACGAUGCUGACAGCCAUCUCCAUGAGCGCGAUAGCCACCAACGGUGUGGUCCCAGCUGGCGGCUCCUACUACAUGAUAUCGCGGUCACUGGGGCCGGAGUUCGGGGGCGCUGUGGGCCUCUGCUUCUACUUGGGCACAACCUUCGCGGGGGCCAUGUACAUUUUGGGGACCAUUGAGAUUUUCCUGACCUACAUCUCCCCGGGCGCGGCCAUCGUGCACACGGGCUCGGCGGGCAGCGAGGCGGCGGCCAUGCUGCACAACAUGCGUGUGUACGGCACGGGCAUGCUGGUCCUCAUGGCCAUGGUGGUCUUCGUGGGCGUCAAGUACGUCAACAAGCUGGCCCUGGUCUUCCUGACGUGCGUGGUGCUGUCCAUCCUCGCCAUCUACGCCGGCGUCAUCAAGACGGCCUUCGACCCGCCCGACAUCCCGGUGUGUCUGCUGGGGAACCGCACGCUGUCCCGACGCGGCUUCGACAUCUGUGCCAAGACCCACAGCUCGGCCAACGGCACGCUCACCACGGCGCUCUGGGGCCUCUUCUGCAAUGGCUCGGAGCCCAGCGCCACCUGCGACGCGUACUUCGCCCAGAACAACCUCACAGAGACGCAGGGCAUCCCGGGCGUGGCCAGCGGCGUCCUCCUGGACAACCUGUGGAGCGCGUAUGCAGACAAGGGGGAGUUUGUGGACAAGAAAGGCACACCCUCAGUGCCCGUGCCGGAGGAGGCCCGAGCCGGCGGGCUGCCCUACGUCCUCACCGACAUCACGACCUACUUCACCAUGCUGGUCGGCAUCUACUUCCCGUCUGUCACCGGCAUCAUGGCGGGCUCGAACCGGUCUGGGGACCUGAAGGACGCCCAGAAGUCGAUCCCCACGGGGACCAUCCUGGCCAUCGUGACCACGUCUUUUAUUUACCUCUCCUGCAUCGUGCUUUUUGGGGCCUGCAUCGAAGGCGUGGUCUUACGAGACAAGUUCGGGGAGGCCCUGCAGGGCAAUCUCGUCAUCGGCAUGCUGGCCUGGCCGUCCCCGUGGGUCAUAGUCAUUGGCUCCUUCUUCUCCACCUGUGGCGCUGGCCUGCAGAGCCUGACAGGGGCCCCGCGCUUGCUGCAGGCCAUCGCCCGGGAUGGCAUCAUCCCCCUCCUGCAGGUGUUCGGCCACGGGAAGGCGAACGGGGAGCCCACGUGGGCCCUGCUGCUCACGGCGCUCAUCUGCGAGACCGGCAUCCUCAUCGCCUCCCUGGACAGCGUGGCGCCCAUCCUCUCCAUGUUCUUCCUCAUGUGCUACAUGUUCGUGAACCUGGCUUGCGCUGUGCAGACGCUGCUGCGCACCCCGAACUGGCGCCCGCGCUUCCAGUACUACCACUGGACGCUGUCCUUCCUGGGCAUGAGCCUGUGCCUGGCGCUGAUGUUCAUCUGCUCCUGGUACUACGCGCUGCUCGCCAUGCUCGUCGCCUGCUGCAUCUACAAGUACAUCGAAUACCGCGGACCGCUGUCCCUGCACAGGCCCCAGGUGCUGGUGAUGCUGAACCUGGAUGCCGAGCAGCGUGUGAAGCACCCCCGCCUGCUCUCCUUCACCACUCAGCUCAAGGCUGGCAAGGGCCUGACCAUCGUGGGCUCCGUGCUGGAGGGGACCUACCUGGACAAGCACGCAGAGGCCCAGCAGGCUGAGGAGAACAUCCGGUCCCUGAUGGGUGCUGAGAAGACCAAGGGCUUCUGCGUGUGGCGGAGGUGCCGGAUGCGGAUCUUCACGGUGGCCCAGGUGGACGACAACAGUGUCCAGAUGAAGAAGGACCUGCAGACCUUCCUGUACCACCUGCGGAUCAGCGCCGAGGUGGAGGUGGUGGAGAUGGUUGAGAACGACAUCUCCGCCUUCACCUACGAGAAGACGCUGGUCAUGGAGCAGAGGUCCCAGAUGCUGAAGCAGAUGCAGCUGUCCAAGACGGAGCAGGAGAGGGAGGCCCAGCUGAUCCACGACAGGAACACCGCGUCGCAUUCCGCGGCAGCUGCCAGGACCCCAGCCCCGUCCACACCGGACAGGGUGCAGAUGACCUGGACGAAGGAGAAGCUGGUCGCCGAGAAGCACAAGAACAGAGAGUCCAGUGUGUCCGGGUUCAAAGACCUUUUCAGCCUGAAGCCGAACCAGUCGAAUGUCAGGAGGAUGCACACAGCCGUGAAGCUCAAUGGCGUCGUCGGCUCCCCGCCCCGCCCUAGGCCCCACGUGCGAUGGUGCAGCUGUGGCCUUAACGCGAGCCUCCCAGACAUGGAGUUCCUCGAGGUCCUCACCGAGGGGCUGGACCGGGUCCUGCUGGUGAGGGGCAGUGGCCGGGAGGUCAUCACCAUCUACUCCUAACGCAGCCGCCGCGGGAGCGCUCCGGGCAGCACGGCUGGGCUCCCCACAGCAGAAGAGUCCAGCCGGCGCCAUGUGUGCGUGGGGGACCAUGGAGGGCCGUGGGGGGCCGCACAGCUGCCUCGCAGCAGCCACGCACGCGGCCUCUGGAUUCCAGCGUUAGGUCCCCCCAGUCAGUGUGGCGGUCACACUCCCGUCCUUCCCCAUCCGGGGCAUUCACAGGAACCGCACUCAGACAGAAGGUGACCCUUGGGCCACUAGGCCCCCCUUGUGAAGGUGACAGGGCAGCUGAGAGCUCCGCUCUGGUUCCUGGGUCAGCCCCCUGCUGUUCGUUCCUCUGAUCAGCCUUUGUGUGUCCGUAAAUAAAGGCGGAGCAUCGGCUGCCCUCGCCCACGUCCCCAGCACAGCUGGCGGCCUUGGUCCGGUGCUCGCCUGGCGUGAUGCCUGGGAAGGGAGGCCAGUUGUUCAGGGAUGCG